CAUCGCACCGCAGGCCAAAAUCUUCAGUCCGGCUCUGACCAAGACUACAUCAACAAAACCAAGACCAAGUAUUAGCGCAAGACCAAGUCUAGAAGUAUUUGAGCAAGAGUAAGACCGAAUAAGCAAGACCAAGACUGCGACAGUCUCGGUGUUGGUCUUGUUUUGCUCGACAGUAAAAGGUUUGUGAAAAACACGUCAAACUUAUCAAGUUUAAAGGAAAACGUUAAAUAUUCAACAGACAACCGUUAUCGUUAAACAGUAGGCGUUCUUACAAAUCACUUAUUAAUAAUGUAAAGAUAAUCGUACAGUACUAGCUCGAAAUAGUUAAAACUUUUUCGAUAGAUAAGCCUCAAACGAAACGAAAUAAAUAAACAAGUGAGUUUUGAAACUCGGCCAGUAACGUCAAACUUACCCAAAAAUGUCCUGGUGGGUUCUAUUGUUUUAUACCAUUCUGGUGGUGUUCUAUAAAAGCUGUCUUGGUGAAAAUCUACCACCUUCCUGCGACAGUCAAAUUUACUGCCAAGGAGAACUACUGGAUACGGUCCAAAGGGCUCGAAUUUUCAACGAUUCAAAAACCUUCGUCGACCUGAAAUUAAGAUACGAUAGUAAAACUGUUCUUAACAAUUUCGAAAACUUGAUGCAGUCAACAAACAGACAUCCAACUACAAAGCAAAUUAAAACGUUCGUGUCCGACAACUUCGAAGACGGGGAUGAACUUAAACAAUGGAAUCCGCCAGACUACAAAGCAAAUCCUCGGUUCCUCAACGACGUUAAUGAUGAGGUGAUCAGAAAUUUUGCGAAAUACGUUGUACAAAUAUGGCCUACUUUGGCUAGGCGCAUUCGUGACGAGGUCGAACAAAACAUCGACAAGUACAGCAUCAUCCCCUUGCCAAAACCUUUUAUAAUUCCAGGAGGCCGCUUUAGAGAAACAUACUAUUGGGACACAUAUUGGAUAAUACAAGGACUACUAAUUAGCGAAAUGGCUGAAACGACCAAAGGCAUGCUAGAUAAUUUUAUCUACAUGGUCAAAAAUUACGGUUUUGUACCGAACGGCGGAAGAAUAUACUAUUUGGCCAGAUCUCAACCACCCCUUCUAACAAAAAUGGCUUACAAUUACGUCAAAAGUACACGGGAUGUUUCUUGGUUGAGAAACAACAUUAAAUAUUUGGACACUGAACUGUCCUACUGGCUGUGCAAAAAGAAGGCAGAAGUUAUGAAAGGAGGUCAAAAAUACGUCUUGGCUCACUACUACGCACCCAGUGAAGGCCCAAGGCCGGAGUCGUACCGUGAAGACAUAGAAAGUGCCAAUUACUUUCCAGAUAAAGAACAAAAACAACAAUUCUACACAAACAUAAAAAGCGGUGCAGAAACUGGCUGGGACUUCUCCUCCCGUUGGAUAUUCGACCAAAAUGGUGGUAACAACGCCAACCUAUCAUUUAUAGAUACCCCUAGGAUAAUACCUGUCGACUUGAACUCAUUCCUAUGUGAAGCCUUUGAUCACCUUUCAUCCCUCUACCUUCUUAUCGGGGACCAAAGAAACAGUCACUUCUGGAAAGAAAAACACCUCCAUUUUAGGAAGAGCAUCCAACAAGUGCUCUGGGACGAAAAGGAUGGCAUAUGGUACGAUUACGACAACACACUUUCAAAACCAAGAAAAUAUUUCUACCCCAGUAACGUAAGUCCGUUAUGGAACAACUGUAUAGACCCAAACAGAAAAUCGAUUUUCGGGAAACGUGUAUUAGAAUAUUUGCAAAGUACAGACGCGUUGAAGACUCCCGGUGGUAUACCCACAUCAGAAGAACAAAGCGGGGAACAAUGGGACUUUCCAAACGCCUGGGCGCCAUUACAAGCCAUAGUGAUUCAGGGUUUAUACAACAGCGAGAAUUUUGAUGCACAAAAUGCUGCUGAAGAAUUAGCAAAAAAAUGGAUCUCUGCUAACAUAAGGGGCUACAGGGAAACUGGAGAAUUGUAUGAAAAAUAUGACGCUUUACAUUCUGGAAAAUACGGGGGAGGAGGCGAAUAUGUCGUUCAAACCGGAUUUGGAUGGACCAAUGGUUUUGCAUUAGAAUUAGUAAAACAGUUCUUUUCAAACAAAACUUCUCCAAAUGCAAACGUACCAUUUGCAAAAUUUGCACGAGGUAGAUUUUUCAAAUAAGGGCCAAUAUUAAUUAAUUU